GGAAGGCCGGGGCGGAGCCCCGGGGAUCCGGCGCGGAGCGGAAGUGCGGACCGUGAGCUGCGGUAGCGGCGCGACGAUGGGAGCUCCCGGGGGGAAGAUCAACCGGCCCCGAACGGAGCUGAAGAAGAAGCUGUUCAAACGCCGGCGGGUGUUGAAUCGGGAGCGGCGUCUGAGGCACCGGGUGGUCGGGGCUGUGAUAGACCAAGGGCUGAUCACGAGGCACCACCUCAAGAAGCGGGCGUCCAGCGCACGUGCCAACAUUACUCUGUCGGGGAAGAAGCGCAGAAAACUCCUGCAGCAGAUCCGGCUCGCCCAGAAAGACAAGGCAGCCAUGGAAGUGGAAGCCCCUACAAAGCCAGCCAGGACUAGUGAACCACAGCUCAAAAGGCAAAAGAAGACGAAAGCCCCUCAGGACAUAGAAAUGAAGGACCUUGAAGAUAAGAGCUAAACCUCUUCCACUAGAAGAUUCUCAACUGGAGCCAGCUCUCAGACUCAGUGGAUGUUUCAGAGCACUUUGAUAAAAGCAGUGUUCCUUUUCACUCUCCAGAUUUCCUCUUCCCUAAUGGCCUACUGACCUCCCCUAGAGGGAUGUCUUUGGGAGGGAAGAAAGCUGAGAAGAAAGAUUGGACAAGGGCCUCUGCAGCAGUGAACUCCAUAUGUAAUAAAGCCCUAGCACUCUGA